ACGACCCAGAAACCCGUCGAAACCCCAGCCCCAGGCCGCCGGUUGCUUUCGCUUCGCCGGAGAAGAGCUGAGCGCGAUGGCAGCGGCGCAGGAGGAAGCGGCGGCGGCGCCGCCGAGCACGGAGAGCGAUGCUACCGAGACGGAGGAGGCACCACCAGGCGGCGCGGAGAGCGAUGCUACGGCGAUGGAAGCGGCGGCGGAGUACUCGUGGCUCCAGCUCCGCUUCGACCGCCCCCCUCGCCGGCUCUACCACUUCGCCCGCCAGUUCCGCUCCGCCACUUCCUCUGGCAGCAAUAGUAGCGGCGAGAACUUCCUCAAGGGCGUAAAGUGGUCGCCCGACGGGUCCUCCUUCCUCACCAGCUCCGACGAUAACUCCCUCCGCUUGUUUUACUUACCGGAGGAAGCGUACAUUGCGGCGGAGCCCGUUGCCGAGGCCGCUGUCGAAAGUGAAGAUUCUUAUGGAGCUUUCAUUCAGGCGAACGAGGGUGAGCCAGUGUACGAUUUCUGCUGGUACCCGUGUAUGUCCUUGUCUGACCCAGCCACUUGUGUAUUUGCAAGCACCAGUCGUGAUCAUCCGAUACACCUUUGGGAUGCCACCAGUGGGGAACUCCGGUGCACAUACCGAGCAUAUGAUGCCAUGGAUGAAAUAACUGCUGCACUUUCGAUUUCUUUCAAUUCUUCAGGAUCUAAGCUAUUUGCUGGAUACAACAAAGCUAUAAGAGUGUUUGAUGUUCAUCGGCCUGGCAGAGACUUUGAUCAGUAUUCUUUACUCAAGGGGGGUGAAGGACCAACUGGUAUAAUAUCUUCAAUUUCCUUCUCUCCACAAAAUGGGAUGCUUGCUGUUGGUUCAUACAGCCAGACAACUGCUGUGUAUGCAGAGAAUAAUAUGGAGCCUUUGUAUGUCUUACAUGGCCAGCUUGGUGGUGUUACACAGGUGCUUUUUUCGAAAGAUGGGAACUAUCUGUAUACUGGAGGGCGCAAGGAUCCGUACAUAUUAUGUUGGGAUAUUCGCAAUACUGUGGACAUUGUUUACAAGUUGUACAGAUCAGCUGAUACUACUAAUCAAAGAAUACAUUUUGAUAUUGAGCCCUGCGGUAGACAUCUAGCCACUGGUGGGCAGGAUGGCAUGGUCCAUGUAUAUGACCUUCAAGGUGGUCAAUGGGUAACCGGCUACCAAGCAGCAGCUGAUACUGUAAACGGGUUCUCGUUCCAUCCAUACCUUCCAUUUGCUGUAACAUCAUCCGGGCACAGAAGAUUUGGCAUGCAAGAUGAGUUUGAAGACGAGUUAAACUUGGCAGGUGAUGAGAACAGCUGCUCUGUCUGGAUGUUUUCUUCCUCACAAGAAGCUUGAAGCAUUUAGUGAAAAUAUUGGAUCAGGCUGAAGCUAAGCGAAGCAUUGGAUGCACAUUCAAAUCUAUUGUCACUUUGAUGUUCGUGUGCAGAGAGCAUCGCGGCAUUGACCACUUCCUGUUGUGUUGGCUGUAAUUGGUGUCUGCAAAAUGCAAAUGUAUUCACUGAGAUCUAUAGAAUUAAUGACUUAUUUUUUUGA